CCAAACAACAAGCAACGAGGGAGUAAAAUUCCAAGUUCUACAAAGAAUCAAUUACAAUUGAAUUGAUUUUUUUAAAUUCCAUCAUGAUUUGCAUAGUACCCCAAGACUUUAACUGCAGCGUGUUGUACCAUGAUAUGGAGAAGAAUGUGUCGCCUCAGACAAAGAAAUUGAUAAGGUUGUUUCUUAAAAACAAAGAUAGGCCGGUUAUAAACCAGCGCUUACUGAUAAUUUAAAUAUUGAGCCAGCAGAUGUAUAUUCCGACAAGACAGUUCGGUCGCUCAAGUCUUUGUUGAAAGCAACUAAUGAAAGUACCGUGAUGUGGUUUAUUAGCGCGUUCUUUGCGAGUGCUCUUUUUCUCGUCGGUCUUUAUGUCUACUUAACAUGGCACUUUGAUCACUGGCGUAAAAGGGGAAUUCCAGGUCCAAGCCCCCAAGUACUGGUUGGCACAUUUCCUGGCACUGUUUUGGGAAACAGGAGUCUAAUUUAUGAUCUCGAUGAUAUAUACAAGAAGUUUAAAGGACUAGCACGAUUCGUUGGUGUUUUCAUGACGAGAAAACCGCAAUUGCUAGUGCUUGAUCCGCAAUUGUGCAAGGACAUUUUAGUUGGCAAAUUUCAGUGUUUUCAAGACAACGAAUCAUCAAAAUGGAUGGAUCGCCAAAGGGAACCAAUAUCUGGAAGUAAUCCGUUUGUCCUGCCGUCAUCAGAAUGGAGAACCCAAAGAGCAGAAAUCGUGUCGGGAUUAACAAAUAUCAAGAUUAGAAAUAUGUACCCUAUUAUCGAUUCCAUUGGAACAAAGCUAGUCCAAUAUCUUAGGAACAUGGCGACAAGCGGAGAGUUCGACAUUAAUGCCAAAGAGGUGUCCUUGCGUUACACAGCAGAAGUUGUUGCCGAUGUAGUUUGGGGUAUAGAGACUGACAAUUUCAAAGCAACCAGUCGGGAACAUGACUCGACGUUUUUCGACAUGUCCAAACGCAUGAUUGCUCAAACGUUUAGAGCGUUUAAAUAUUUUUUUGUCGCGGGCAUAUUUCCCGCCAUACGAUCCAUUUUGUAUGUUCGGUUCUUCCCCGAGGAGACGGAUAGUUUCUUCUUAAAAUUAACUCAUUUCGCAUUGCAAUCCAGGCAUCAGUCACCAAUACGCAAUGAUUUUCUGCAGCAUAUGCUGGAGCUGCAGCGCACCAGGGGGCUGAGUGAUACAGAAAUAUUGGCCCACCAGUUAACAUUCCACUUUGAUGGCUUCGAAACGUCCGCAACCCUAAUAAGCCAUUGCUUAUUGUUGUUGGCCAGAAAUACAGAUAAACAGGAGCAACUGCGAGCAGAAAUAAGGGACCAUAUGAUUGCCAACAGUAAUGUUUUGGAUUUCCCCAAUUUAAUGAAACUUCCCUAUUUGGAGCAGUGUGUCGCAGAGACUCUGCGCAUCUUCACACCUCUACCAUUUAUGACUAAGCUCUGCACAAAAACAUGUUCAUUCGAAAAUACCGACGGAGUUAAUUUGACUGUGCAACCUGGAGACGUUUGCAUGAUUUCAUUACAUUCUAUUCAUCAUGAUGCGGAAUAUUAUCCACAGCCGGAGGACUUUUUACCAGAGAGAUUUUCGCAGGCAAAUGGCGGAACAAAAAAAUUUAAGGAUAUGGGCAUAUAUAUGCCUUUUGGUGAUGGUCCACGCAUUUGUUUAGGAAUGACGUUCGGUCUAGCACAGACGAAAGCUGCCAUUGCAAAUAUAAUUAUGAAUUUUGAACUGACGGUUAAUGAGCGAACACGCAAGGACAAUUACCAAUCCGCUCAUGGCUUCAUUACUGGCUUAGAUGGUGGUAUAUUUUUAACGCUGAAAGGACUCUAGAUGAAAGUCUAGUUGGCAAUAUAAAAAUUACACUUUUGUAAUCACACCAAAUAUAUGAAUAUGAACAAAAAAUGAAAUCAUAUAAAAUGUAAA